ACUCUCAAUUUUAGAAAACUCAUAACAUCUCUAAACAACUCAAAACCCUAACAAAUCUCUGAAAUGGCGUUCUCUAAAGCUUCCGUUGUUGCUCUCGUCGCGGUGAUUGUCUCCGUCGUAGCUACCGUCGCUUCUGCUCAGGUUGAGGCACCGGCUCCAAGUCCUACCUCUGGAUCUGGUGUUUUCUCGCCGUCCAUCGUGUCAGCUGGUGUUGCAGCAGUUGCAGCUCUUGUUUUCGGCUCUGCUCUUCGGAUCUAAGUCUUAUGCACAGAGAUAGUUUUUGAAAAUUUUCCGUAUGGUAUAUUCGUGUGUAUUCCGGAGCUAUAUAGAUCUUGCCUCUUCUAUUACUAUAUCUACCCUUCAUGUCGUGACGUUGUGAUUUUCUAGACGAUUUUUUAGUUAAUGCGAUAUUGUUUUUGGUUGUGAUUAUAUUUUUAUAUUUUAUUUAUUCAUGGAUGUUUCUCAGAUUUGUCUUUUCCGUUCUCUGCUUUAAUUAUUUAUCCAACUUAUGCUUACGAUACGAGCUUCGUUAUUAUUAUCCUACGCGUUCAAAAUCGAAUCAUUCCAUCCCGAAAUUAAAUUGA